UUCAUCCCCAAAACCCCAACCUUGAAACCGAAAAGAAAAAGCUAAAGCCCAUGCUACAACUUAAUUCUGAAAAAAAAUAAAUUAAAACAAAUAUGCUGCUCUGAUCGCUCCUUCGAGCAACCGCCGCCGCCGCGUCACUCCGGCAAUCUCAGUGGCAGCUUACCAACUGCCGGAGCAUGGUCUCGAAAACGCCUAAAGGUGGUUCCAGCAAAGUAAAGAACCCCCAGCCAAAAUUCGAUAAGAAAACACAGUCGAAAUCCGAUCUCAAGGAUAAGAAUCCCGAAGAAGUGCUGGUGGCAAGCCCCGAAUCUAUUGCUAAACAAGACACGGAGCUCCGCCGCCGCCUGCUAGCGGAGGAUGAGAAGAACCCCGCCCUCGACGUGGGCCCCAAUGGCCACCCCCUCUUCACUUCGGCUCCGUCUCUCUCUUCGCUCACCGGGGAUGAUGUCAACCAUUACUUUAGAUUCAGCCUGAAGGGGUUGAACGAGGUUUUGCCGGAGGGGCUUCCAUUGGGAAUGGUGAAGGAAUUUGAGGAAUCAUGCAGGAGUGCCUUGUUGGUGCGGCAGUGUUUUAUCAAUCUUCGUGAUAAUUUUAGGCAGGCUAUUGAUCCUUCAUUGGCAGCUAAAUCUAGAGGUCUUAAAGUAAGAAAGCAAAUUGUACUAGAUGGCCUUUUGAGUUGUGGGAAGAGUACUGUACUUGCAAUGCUUGUUAACUGGGCCCGCACGGAAGGUUGGCUUGUGCUUUAUGUCCCUCGAGGUCGAGACUGGACACUCGGUGGAUUAUUCUAUAAAAAUCCUGAUACUAAUCUGUGGGAUACCCCUGUGCAGGCUGUAAACAUUCUACAAGAUUUCUUGAAGUUCAAUAAGUCUUUAUUGGAAGGUAUAACAUGCAAAAUACUUGAUCCCAUUCCAUUGGGAGAGGGUGCUGGUGUUGGCUUGCCAAGAGGUAGGGAAGUGCAAAUUACUGAAGGGACAACUCUUUGUCAGCUAGUUGAGGCUGGAAUUAAAGACUCACAUGCUGUUGUUGGUGUGGUAGUUAGAUUGAGGAAGGAAUUAUCUAAAGUGACUAGUGUCCCUGUUCUUAUUGCAAUUGAUCAAUAUAACAAUUGGUUCACAUUUACUGACUUUGAGGAGCCAGUGACUGAUCGAUCUUGUCGACCCAUUCAUGCUAGGGAAGUUGCUACUGUCAAUGCAUUUAGGUCAAUGAUGCAUGAUGAUAUGAUGGUGGGUGCCUUUUCUCAUUCAACUGCUGUUGGGAAAUUGCGUCAAGAUUUGCCAGAUGUUCCUACUGAUGCUCGAAUCUUUCUCCCUCGGUACAAUUUGGAUGAGGCCGCUACCGUCUGCUACUACUAUCUCAGGUAAAGACUAGCGAAACAUGAUGCAUUUUCGGAGGAAAACUGGAAAAAGAUCUUCUACUUGUCUCAUGGAAAUGGAACAGAGAUGAGAUAUUUAGUUCCUUUCAUGCGGUGACACGCAUCAACACCCAAGCGAAGAUGCUAAUUUUAUCACGGUCAAGGGAAAAUUGUUUCUGAGUUUUAGGAUAUCCAGCAUGCCGAGUUGAUAAAUGUUUUUGGUUUUUGUUAGAGCUAGGAUACCACCUUUUGAGGUUAAUGUAUGAUGCCCUCAAUUUUUUUUUUUGGUUGGAAUUAUUAACUAGAAUUCAUGUAUUUUUUUGGUACAAUUGAAUUAUUCAUGUCAUGCGCUAGUUUCCUCAUGUUUUAGUUUGUAUGUCAUAAUAUUUUCUUCUUGUAAUGAAUAAGCCUGUCAUACAAGUUGGUGUUAAUGCUAAUGCACCGAGUAUUUAUAUUUA